GCUUCUUCGCCAAACCUAUAAAUAGGGCUCUGCAGCAUUCUCUGAUCCCAUAAAAUUAAAUUACGCUCGAGGAAUAUAUUCUCCAAUAACACCAUAAAAAGGAGAAGAGGGCGAUGCCGGAGAAGUCGAUGGACGAGGUGAUGGAGGCGGCUGCCGGCGCUCACUUCAGCGGGCUCCGCCUCGACUCACUCCGCCUCUCCUCCCCCUCCACCCCUUCCUCCCCUUCCUCCGCCAGGGCUUCCCAGGUCCUUUCCCCCGAAUCUGCUUCCUCCGCCGCCGCCCCGAGGCAGCCCUUCCUCAUCGGGGUUUGUGGGGGUACGGCUUCCGGGAAGACCACCGUCUGCGACAUGAUCAUCCAGCAGCUUCACGAUCACCGUGUCGUUCUCGUGAAUCAGGAUUCAUUUUACCGUGGCCUAACUGGUGAAGAAUCUAAGCAUGUCCAGGACUACAAUUUUGAUCAUCCUGAUGCCUUUGAUACUGAACAACUUCUAGAGUGCAUGGGAAAGCUCAAGAGUGGGCAUUCUGUCAAUGUUCCCAUAUAUGAUUUUAAGAAUCAUCGGCGUUGUUCUGAAUCUUUCAGAAAGGUAAAUGCAUCAGAUGUCAUUAUUUUGGAGGGCAUCCUAGUUUUUCAUGAUCCUCAAGUCCGUAACUUGAUGGACAUGAAGAUUUUUGUUGAUACAGAUGCUGAUAUAAGGCUUGCCCGAAGAAUAAGGCGUGAUACAGUUGAGAGAGGUAGAGAUGUCAGCUCAGUGCUUGAGCAGUAUGGAAGGUUUGUGAAGCCUGCUUUUGAUGAUUUUGUUCUUCCAUCGAAGAAAUAUGCUGAUGUGAUCAUACCACGUGGAGGUGAUAACCACGUUGCAAUAGAUCUUAUUGUACAGCAUAUACGGACAAAGCUUGGUCUGCAUGACUUGUGCAAAAUCUAUAAUAAUGUGUAUGUUAUUCAGUCAACGUUCCAGAUACGAGGAAUGCAUACACUUAUUCGUGAUAGGGACAUAACAACACCUGACUUUGUAUUCUAUUCAGAUCGUCUUAUACGGCUGGUUGUGGAGCAUGGUCUUGGUCAUUUGCCAUUUACUGAGAAGCAAGUGGUCACCCCUACAGGAUCUGUAUACAUGGGAGUUGACUUUUGUAAGAAACUCUGUGGAGUGUCUAUUGUCCGAAGUGGCGAAAGCAUGGAAAACGCCCUGCGGGCAUGUUGUAAGGGAAUAAAGAUUGGUAAAAUUCUCAUCCAUCGUGAUGGAGACAAUGGUAAACAGCUCAUAUAUGAGAAGCUGCCUAAGGAUAUCUCUGAACGGCAUGUUCUACUUUUAGAUCCUGUUCUUGGUACAGGUAACUCAGCUAACCAAGCAAUAGAGCUCCUCAUACAGAAAGGAGUUCCUGAGAGCUGGAUAAUUUUCCUCAACCUCAUCUCGGCACCUGAGGGGAUUCAUUGUGUUUGUAAAAGGUUCCCUUCAGUGAAGAUAGUCACCUCGGAGAUCGAUGUGGCACUGAACGAGGAUUUUCGAGUUAUUCCAGGGUUGGGCGAGUUUGGCGAUCGAUAUUUCGGCACUGACAACUGACAGAACAUCAUCGGCUAUCGAUUUGUGUCUCAUUAUAUGAUUUAAGUGCAGACGAGAAUAUAUUUAACAACCUACUACUCAACAUAAAAAAUUACAAUUUAUAAAUUAUUUUCUUCGCAUUAAUACCCUGAGCAAAGAUACUCAUACUGUAAGAUUGUGUGGUAUGCGUUGGGGAAAUCAGCCUUCUACAAUUUGAUGAAUGCAUCACCUAAUAGAGUGAUCCAUACCAAUGUAA